AAGGGAGAAAUCAGACAAAGGAAGGACGCAGGACGCUUCGUCAUUGUUGGGACUUUGUGGAGUUUCUUUGGGGAAGAGGAACUGCAGCCUGUGCAGGUCCCACCAGGACAAAUAUAAACCGGGAGAGGACGGUCACACCGACUAUCACGGAGCCCCGAUAGUCGCCAGGUAUCCUCCGGCCGCCGGGAUGACCGUCACGCAGAGCUCCGCGCUCCUCAGCCUGCAGCUGCUGCUGCUGCUCUCUGCGCGCAUCCAGGUUUCUUCAGCCUCGGGACACUUUGAACUUCAGAUUUUGUCAGUGCAGAAUGUUAAUGGGCAGCUGCGAUCUGGUUCCUGCUGCGAUGGAUCUCGGGACGUAACAGAUGGUCGAUGCAUGGUCAACGAAUGCAACACUUAUUUCCGGGUCUGUUUGAAGGAAUACCAACUGAAGGUGGCAUCUGCAGGGCCCUGCAGUUAUGGCAUCGCCUCUACACCUGUGCUUGGUGGGAAUACCUUUUCUUUACACAACACCAACAACGACAAAGCCCGGAUUGCAUUGCCCUUCAACUUUGCUUGGCCAAGGUCAUACACCUUGAUCGUGGAAGCCUUGGACUUCAACAACAAUUCUUCCUCUGGCAGUGUUGGUGGGGCUGUGAUCGAGAAAGCUUUCCACUCUGGGACGAUCAGCCCCGGCCAACAGUGGCACCGUGUGAAACAUGCUGGCCCGGUUGCUCAGUUUCACUUUCAGGUGCGUCUAAGCUGUGACGAGCACUAUUAUGGCUUUGGCUGCAACAAGUUCUGCCGGCCGCGAGAUGACUUCUUCGGCCACUAUGAGUGUGACCACAACGGCAACAAGACGUGCCUGGAGGGCUGGUCAGGGCCAGACUGCAGCACUGCAAUCUGCAGACAGGGCUGCAGCACAGAACAUGGAUCCUGUAAAGUGCCCGGAGAGUGCAGGUGUCUGUACGGCUGGCAGGGGGAUUACUGUGAUCGGUGUAUCCCUCAUCCUGGCUGUGUUCAUGGCAGCUGUGUGGAGCCUUGGCAGUGUCUCUGUGACACCAACUAUGGAGGACAGCUGUGUGACAAAGACCUGAACACAUGCGGGACACGGCAGCCAUGUUUGAAUGGAGGAACAUGCAGCAACACGGGACCAGACAAAUACCACUGCUCCUGUCCUGAAGGCUUCUCUGGAAUCAACUGUCAGAGAGUGGACCAUGCCUGCCUGUCCAGCCCCUGCUUAAACAGAGGAAGUUGUGCAGAAACCAGUCAAGGUUUUGAAUGUCACUGUGCCCCUGGAUGGACUGGACCAUUGUGCUCCAUCAAUGUCGACGAGUGCCUGGUGAACCCCUGCAGUCAUGGGGGAACCUGCCAGGACCUGGUAAAUGGUUUCAAAUGCCUGUGCCCACCUCAGUGGACCGGAAAGUCCUGCCUCAUCGAUGCCAACGAAUGUAACGACAGACCCUGUGUCAAUGCCAAUUCCUGCCGAAAUCUGAUUGGUGGAUACUUCUGUGAGUGCCUCCCUGGUUGGACAGGCCUCAACUGUGACAGCAAUAUCAACGACUGUCGCGGCCAGUGUCAGAAUGGAGCUACAUGCAUGGACCUGGUUAAUGGUUACAGGUGUGUGUGCGCUCCGGGUUUCAGCGGGGAACACUGUGAGAAAGAUGUGGACGAGUGCGACAGUGGACCGUGCCUUAAUGGCGGGCAUUGCCAUGAUGACGUUAAUGGCUUCGACUGCCUGUGUCCGCCUGGUUUUUCUGGAGGCCAGUGUCAGUCGGAUAUCGAUUAUUGCCUGCACAGUCCAUGUCAAAAUGGUGGGAAAUGUUUCAACCUGGCAGCCAGCUACGUCUGUAAAUGUCCUGAAGACUACGAGGGCAAGAACUGUUCCCAGCUGAAGGACCACUGCCGCACAGCCCCCUGCAAAGUGAUUGACAGCUGCACAGUGGAAGUGACAGCCAACAGCACACCGGCCGGGAUGCGUUUGAUUUCAUCCAGUGUGUGUGGCCCACAUGGCCGUUGUCGGAGUCAUGCUGGAGGACAGUUUAGCUGUGAAUGUGAGCGAGGAUUCACAGGGACCUACUGCCACGAGAAUAUAAAUGAUUGUGAGAGUUCCCCUUGUCUAAACGGAGGAACUUGUAUAGACAAAGUUGAUCAGUAUCAGUGUAUCUGUGCUGAAGGCUGGGAAGGACCCAGCUGCCAAAACAAUGUUGAUGACUGCAUCUCUGAACCCUGUCAGAAUCAGGGUGUCUGUCGAGAUCUGAUCAACGACUUCCACUGCGACUGCUGCAACGGCUGGAAAGGAAAGACCUGUAACUCACGAGAGAGUCAGUGUGAUGAGACAACAUGCAGCAAUGGAGGAACUUGCUCUGAUGAAGGAGAUACUUUCAGGUGUCUUUGUGCUGCAGGCUGGGAAGGAUCCACCUGUAACAUUGUGAAGAACAACAGCUGUCUGCCGAGUCCCUGCAAGAAUGGGGGAACCUGUGUGGUGGACGGAGACUCAUUCAGCUGCAUCUGUAAGGAGGGCUGGGAGGGUGCCAUCUGCAGCCACAAUGCCAACAACUGCAGUCCUCAUCCCUGUUAUAACGGUGGCACCUGCAUUGAUGGGGACAACUGGUAUCGGUGUGAAUGUGCUCCAGGGUUUGCCGGCCCAGACUGCAGAAUCAACAUCAGUGAGUGCCAGUCAUCGCCCUGCGCCUUUGGCUCGACCUGCAUCGACGACAUUAAUGCUUACCGCUGCAUAUGUCCUCCAGGAAGAACCGGCCCUCGCUGCCAAAAUGGGAGGCUCUGUGUGCAUGUGGAGUCGGUGGCUCUGGAUGGAAGCAGAUGGGAUGACGACUGCAACAGCUGUCGCUGUGAAAAUGGGAGAGUCGUGUGCACAAAGCUUUGGUGUGGCCCUAAACCUUGUAGCCUCCACGGCAAUAUUAAAGGUGUAGAGUGUCCAGCCGGUCAGACCUGCGUCGCUGUCCGCAAUGAGCGCUGCUUCAUCAAACCCUGCUUUGGCCAGGGGGAAUGUUGGGGCCCCAUUCACCAAGCCCUGCCCCAAACUAGGUGCUACCCAGAGAGCAGUUGUGCCAACAUCACCUUUACCUUCAACAAGGAAGUCAUGGCAAAGGGUGUGACAGUGGAGCAGGUUUGCCGUGAACUCAGGAACCUCUACAUUGUCAAGAACCUGUCCACUGAUUCCUCUGUCUUCAUGACCUGCGAGCUGUCGCACAGUGCCAACAAUGAGAUCCAUGUAGCCAUUUCGACAGACAACCAGAUGAGAGGUCUGACCUUCAUUAAGGAAAUCACACACAGGAUCAUGAAUGUGGUCAGCAAGAAGAACAUCAACAGCAGCAUCAUCAGCGCCAUCGCAGAGGUUCGCAUCCAGAGACGACAAAACCAAAACCCUAAUGAUCGCAUGAUGCCCUUGCUGGUUUCUGUGGUGAUCAUAAUCUGGGUGUUGGCAGUUACCUCAAUGUUGCUGUGGUGCAUAAGGAGGCAGAGGAAGCAGAGUGCCCACGCUGGGGUCUGCACCCAAGCCUUGCCGUCUCUGGCACCGACGGUUGAAGACAACAACACCCUGCACAACAGCAUAAGUGCCACACGUGAGCAACUGAACCACAUCAAGAACCCUAUUGAAAAAACUCUGCCAAGCCACCAUCAACAAUACCACCUACUCCAUCACCACAUCUGUGAGGACAAGAACGCAGUCAAUGCCAAGAUCAGAAAAUCUGACACUGGGAGCCAAUCAGAAGAAGAUCAGGGAGACAAGAGGCUGCAAAAGGCCAGGUUUCCUCUAGCACCACCAUCAUACCCACUGAUAGACUGGGAAGAACAACACCCCUAUCACUCCAUCACCAAACACCCACAGUGGACUAGCAAACAGGACAACAGGCAGCUGCAGUCACAGAGUGUCAAUAGGGUGGAGUAUGUUGCAUAGCAAAGAAGCUCCAAAUAACUAGAUGGAGAUUAUAACACCCCCACCCCCAAGACAUUUGGGUGAUUUGUAAUCUAUUUUUAACAUUUUUGUAAAGAAAAUUAAUUUGCUGUUUAAUUCAUGUUUUGGGUGACACUGGCCUCAAUGUUGCAUACCAUUUGGAUGGAUCUCCAAAUGGGUGUCUUCAGAAUAAGGGCUUCCCAACAGCCUUAGACUGACCAUCAGUUUAGUUAGGUUGUGUUUGCGAGUGUGCUGCUUAUUCCACCACAGCACAGAUCAUUUUGAAAAUAUUUAUUGUUGUCAGUAUAAAGAAUUGCCUAUGUAAAAUGUUUGUGUGUAAAUAUUUUUAAUUGAUCUCCUUGUAUAUUUGAUUUAUUAACUUGUGAAGAUAUUUUUUGUAUUAAUGAGUUUAGAAUUGAACAUUUGAUAGUUUUGUAAAUUUCUGGUUUUUGAUUUGUUUUUUUUAUUCAAACAUUUGUUAACUUUUCUGGAUUUGAGCAUUUUUGUGCCUUGGCUAAAUGUGUCAUGCACUGUAUGUUGUAUUUUCCUUAAAUGGAAAGGGAGGGGGUAUGUGCUGGGUGGGUAGCGACAGAGUCCCUGUUAAUACGAGGCUUUAAUGUGUCUUGGCUGAUAAACACAAGUUGAUAGUACACAAGUCUUUGGAGUGGCUGUAGCUCAGAAGGCAGCAGGUCAUCUACUAUUUGGAAGGUUGUAUAAAGUGCUCUGAGUGCUCAAGUACAGUAGAAAAGCGCUAUAUAAGAACCAGUCAAUUUACCAUUUAGAAGCCUGUGCACCUGAUGCAUUAAGAUCUGAUCAUGAAGACCACACGAAUGACCAGAAAAAUUAAUAACAGGCUAUCAUCAAGCCUUUUAAUUCACAUUUGACAAAAGGUGGUCCAAGCAGCAACCUCCAGAUCUAGGAAAAAAUAUAUACUGCAGUUCCUCUAAUGACCACUUGAGUCUGCUUCUGAAAGCAAGUCAACCCCCAUACUAUAAAUGUCUAACUUUACAGCAAAAAUAAACAUGUUGAUAGCCCGGUACAAAAAAAAGAAAAAACAUUUAGGUCUUUAUAGAUAGUUUCUACCUUCCAAACUACAAUUAUGGUGGGUGAAUUUUCUAACAGGCAGCUGUAGUCUCACCUCAGUUCACUGGGUAUUUGUGCCUUUUGGAGCAUAAUGGAAUUAUCGGACAAUAUGGCUCAUUGUGUGGUGAGUGGAACUCCAGUAUUCUAUAAGUAAGUGGCAGGUAUGUGUGUCUGUGCAUUGUAUCUGUACAAUUUAUAAUUGCAGCUUGAUAACCAAGUCUUGGCUAAUAAUGUGGCAACAUGGCAGCAGCCAAAGUGCAAGGUCCAAAACCAGUGGGUGUCAUCUAUUUUUCAAUUCAGUUUUGUUUAUAUUGCACCAAAUUAUAACAAAAAGUCGCCUCAAGGUGCUUUAUGUU